AUGGCUCUCCAGCGCCUUGUCACGAGCGUCCAGAUGGAGCUUGCUGCCCACGGCGCCUGCGACCACGACCACGACCACGAGGCCGAUGAGCUCAACGACGCGCUCUGGCACGCGUGCCCCAAGUCCAAGGUGACGCCGUCGCGCAAGAAGAUCCGCAACAACGACCCGUCCAAGCGCCUCAAGAACAUCGUGCACCUCCAGUCGUGCGAGCACUGCGGCACGAAGAAGCUUCGCCACAGACUAUGCAUGGACUGCUUCAAGAAGGGCACGUACUUUACGAGCUAA